AUGUCCUUCUCUUCGAUCCUAGGCUACUUUCUCGGGGGUUACUUUGCCCUCGUUAUCUCGCUAUUCAUGCUCUCAUCCGUCGUUCCCGUAGCAGGCUUUGCCGCCCGCACGUUAUCCGCCUACAUCUCGAUAGUAAUAUGCGCCACCUAUGGAGUACUCGCUUCAAUAUUCCUUCGAAUAGUCGGUCGCGAACAGAUUGCGCAAUGGACGACAGCACGUGCUUUCAAAUAUGUUAUGGCAAUUACGAUAGGAAUCACGUUCGAAGUUGACGAUCCGAAGCGACAUCUCGAUACCGUUCGACCAGCCGUGUUCAUUGGAAACCACCAGAGUGAACUAGAUGUUCUUAUGCUUGGGUGCAUAUUCCCAAAAUACUGCAGUGUAACUGCUAAGAAAGCAUUGAAAUAUGUGCCGUUCCUGGGAUGGUUCAUGGCAUUGAGCGGCACAAUCUUCAUUGAUAGGAAGAACUCGAAGGACGCAAGGCAGGCCAUGGCUGGUGCUGCUAAGGAAAUCCAGACUCGAAAACAGAGCGUAUACAUAUUCCCCGAGGGCACCCGCAGUUACGCAAAGGACCCCGGUCUUUUGCCCUUCAAGAAAGGUGCUUUCCACCUUGCUGUCCAGGCUGGUGUACCUAUCGUCCCCGUAGUAGCGGCCAACUACUCGCACGUACUCUACAUCAAGGAUUAUAUAUUCAGAUCCGGAAAGAUUCCUGUGAAAGUUCUCGAUCCAAUUCCUACAACUGGAUUAAAACCCGAGGAUGUCGACGAGCUAACUCGUAGCACCCGGGAGCUCAUGUUAAAGGAGAUAGUAGCGUUGACUCAGAAAGUUCAAAACAGACCUAUCGCCAUACCUGCCACGAGCGGCGAUGGUGUUGUGCAUGCUAGUGGAGCUGACGCUACCCUAUCAUGA